CCCCUCCCCCACCCUCUUUCUCUCCCUCUGCCUUGUUUGAUUUUCCUUCUCAAUUAGGAAUCUCUCUCCUUCUGUAAUGGUCUUUUUCCUGGAUUAAAUAUCGUAGAGGUGUAGAACAUCUUUUUCUGCCCAAAGAUAAUUAAGUGCAACAUUCCAUUUUCCCUGGAAAAUUUCCCCUCCAUUUCUGAGCAUCAACUCAGUUUCCGGUGUCCUAUUUCCAGGAGUAUGUUUACCCUACUGUGAAUGAGGAAAGGGCAAAUCCAAUCAUGUGUAAGUCGAGGGAUACGUGAAUAUAUGGCCACAUCCAUUGGAAGAGGGAGGAAUUCGGGACAGAGGCGAAUCCAAGAUUAGAGUCCAAGUAAAUAUUCCAGGAUUAGAGUCAGUGGAUGUGAUCUAUUAUAUAUGUGUAUACAUUUUUAAAACUCCUUGUUUUAACCUAUGUACACAUUGUCUGAACAGAAAGCAAAGGUUCAAUUGAAUCCACUGCGAAGGGUUAGAUUUGCCUCUGGUUUGGGAGGUUUUUGAAGAGGAUUUAAUCCCCUCUUUGGUGUUUUCUUUUCUAAAAAGGUUUGUUAAGUAAGGGAAUCCGGGUAAGGGAAGGGGAAAGAGAGACUGGGAACCGAAUCACACCUAUUGUGUGGGAAACCCCCCUAUGAUACCAUAUAGACUAUAAGCUUGGUCUCUUCUUUUGUUCUCAUUUGUUUUACUAGAACUGAUUUCCAAUUUGGGGCUGAAGGAUUUACUGGUUUUUGGUAGGAUAAUGGAUUCUGAAAAUUUGCCCUUGUCAACCAGCCAGGCCAAAUGUUGUGACCGCGAGUGCAGUUGUUGUAUGAUGAAAAGAUCCUUUUCAGGGACCUGGUUUCGGUCUGUGAAGCGAAAGUAUGAUGAAUAUGCUGAAAGUGAUGAUGAGAAAAAGCUUUUCAUUCCAGGGUUCAUCUUACCUCAAACGGCUCGUGUUGAAUUCGAAAACGAAUGUGCAGCACUUCGGGAAAUGGUGAACAGCCAACAACAGACGAUUAAGGAUUUAAGCAGUGAGUUAGAGGAAGAAAGAAAUGCAUCCUCCUCAGCAACCAAGGAGGCAAUGUCAAUGAUAUUGAGAGUGCAAAGAGAAAAGGCAGAAGCUCAAAUGGAAUUAAAACAAUUCAAGAGGUUGACUGAAGAGGAAAAGGCACAUGGCCUGCAAGAGAUAAUGGCAUUGGAGGAUUUGUUGUACAAGAGGGAGCAAACAAUUCAGUCCUUGACUUGUGAGGUACAAAUGUAUAAACACAGAAUGAUGAGUUAUGGGCUCACUGAAUCUGAGGUGGAGGGUCAUGAGAGUGAGAAAGAGAAUGGGGGCGGCCGUUUUAGCCGAAACAAUAGUACUAUGGCUGAUGAAACUAUUAUUGAUGAGCAAUUUGAUCAAAUUCCUACAUAUGAUUACCCUCCCUUGAAAUGCUAUAUAAUUGAGAAUCAAAUAUACUCAGAGGUUGACAACGAGGUGGUGGAUAUCGAGAAAUAUGCAUUUGGAGAGACCCCACGUUCGCAUGAUCAAUUGCGUGAUUUGGAGGAUAGGAUCAAUCAGCUGGAGAAGACACCAAGAAGCACUACUGAUGGAGAGAUAUUUAAGAAUAAUGUCCUUGAAAAGGUUAUAGUUGGUCACUCCCCUAGGAGGCUGAGACAUUUAAGGAAAUACUCAACUGAUAGUUUAGCUUCUCCCUUUGCAAAAAUUAAAGAAAUAAGCUCAGAUUUCACUAGGAAAGAACAGUCACAAACAGAGGAGUAUCCAAAGGUGGAUAAUUCAUCACAAGUUGGAGAUGACAUGAGUGACAGAGUGUACACUAUUGAUUCUAUACACCAGGAGGCUAGAUAUAACGUCGAGCCCAAGGCAACGGUUGGAGUAGGUGAUGAUUAUACAGUUACCCCAAGGGGUUCAUUAAAUCAUACAGAUUUUGGAGAUCCUGAGGUCACUAAACUGUACCUUAGGCUUCAGGCACUUGAGGCUGAUCGCGAGUCAAUGAGGCAGGCUAUUAUUUCUAUGCGGACUGAUAACGCACAGAUGGUAUUGCUCAAGGAGAUUGCUCAGCAGUUGUGCAAAGAGAUGUCACCUGCAACGAAGACACGAGUUAGGAAGCCAUCUGUAAUUAGGGGCUUUUCACUCAUGUCAGCUUUCAAG